CAAUAUGGCCGACUGAAGCGGAACUUUGCGAGUUCUUCGGAAUGGCAUUUUGCCAAUUGAUUGAGGAACUGUGAGAUUUGUAAAUGUAUGUGAAUUUCGUGCGCACGGAAUUUCUCAAAUGACGGGGUUUAAGGGUAUCGCGUGAACCGGUCGACUCCCUUCGAUCGUGUCGAGAUGAUGCCAGGAAGGCGCUGCUACUGAGGAAUGUUUAUCAUUUCCCGAGACGCAGCUCAUCGUUCGUAGAGACCUUUAGUCGCAAUAUGAAAUAAUAAAACGUGUCGGCUCCGUGUUCGAUCGAGAUCAGUGCUAUCGUGGGCCCAAGUUCGAUUAGCCGGUAUUCCGAUCGACGAUGCUCGCCGUAUAGGUGUACUGUCAUGGACACAGAUGUAGAACUUGGCAAAGGUGAAGGGUGUGAAACUAGUCCAGGUUGCUCUGGCUAUUCUAGCAUGGUGCACAGCAAAAAAGUUAUCAAACAUGCACUUAGACAGCAGGCCAAGAGGCGCAGGAAAAAUACAACGAUCGCUGCUGGCAAUUCCCGUACCCUGCCAAGGAUUGUCGUCAAACCGUUACCUCCACCUCCACCGAAUGAUCCUCCUUCGCCAGUUAACAAUGUACAGCAUAUCAAUACGACGACCGAAGAGCCUGCUGCCACAAUGAGAGAAGUCCUUGCAAGUCUACCGGGGUUUAGCGUAAAGUCUGGACGCAGGCGGUCGACGAAAAGAUUGUCAGCGACCGCACAGUUGGAAGCCGGACUCGUGGAUCUCGAGUCUCCAGCGAGCAUCUUGGCGAGCACGAGUUUGCGUGCACUCUUAAACAGGCAUACGUUUCAAGGAUUGCCGCCUUUGUACCAAAGGAAACUCGCACAGCUCUUACCUGCUGUGGACAGACAGGAUGCUGCAACGUCUGGAUUGAACAACGAGUUCUUUGCACGAGCGUGUCUAGAAUGGCGUAAACGUUUAGCGGAAGGUGAGUUUACUCCGGAGAACCAGCAACGGUUGAAGAUGGAGGCGGAGAGGGACAAGAAUAAACUGGAUCCGUGGAAGGUGAAGCAUUUCGAACCUAUAUGGGGCGAGAAACGUGAACCGAAGCUCAGAUCGGGUUUGCACUGUAUGGAAUCGAGAUCCGGAGGUGCGGUGACACGUUCGAGUUUAAGACUUCGUUUAGAAUCUAACGUAGAUACUCACGUAUCCGGCGCUCCCUGUCCUAUCAUCAUUUCCGAAGUCAAAGUCGAACAAGAUAAUUGUAAAGCUGAAACUAACAGUACGGACGAUUUGAACGAGACCAACACGGAGAUACGUGAAUUACUACCGACGGAAUAUAACGAAACGACGCGAGCGUUGAUCGAUGAAAAGCGUACAGAGUCUGUGAACGUGAGUUCUGUUGGGACAAUACCCGACGUCGAGAUGGAUCGAGUCAAGUUCGAAGUAGAUGACAAAGUCGUCGAUCUACCGGUGGCGAAGGAGCAUACGAUCGAGGACAGCAAAGCGGUGGCUCAAGCUCGCCAGGAAACGAUCUCGAACUCGUACGAGGAGGAUGAUAUCGACUUACCUCGAGACCAGAAGAAUCUCGAGGUGUUCGAAGUGGAUGACAAAGUCGUCGAUCUACCGGUGAUGGAAAAUACGAUCGAGGAGAGCGAACCGGUGGCUCAAGUUUGCCAGGAAACGAUUUCGAACUCGUACGACGAGGAUAUGGACUUACAUCGAGACAAGAAGGAUCUUGAGAUUCUCGAAGUGUCCAAGGAAGACGCGAUACUCUUACCUGAGGAGAACACUUCACCAACGCCUAGUAGUGAACAAACGGAACGCAUGUCUCAAGCCUCGUCCCAAUUGUCGACCGACUGCUCGUCCCAGACUUCCGUGGAACACGCCGCCCAAAUAGCGACAGAGCGAAUGUCCUCCCAAAUGUCGGAAGAACAGAUUUACUCUAUGUCCGAUUGCGAGACGACGACCAUACUCGAGACAUCGCCGUCGCAUGAACAGGUCAGAUCGACCGAUAUCGUUAUGGAGGAUUCGACGUUGAUUAAUGACGAUCGGAGCGAGGCGACGCAAGCGUCCCGCGAAACUCCGACGGACGGCGAGUCACAAAUUCCUGAAGGAAUGGAGAUCGAUAUCGAGACGUUGCAACGUAUUCACGAGCUGGAGGUAAGGGGAGAAAUGCGCGAAGCGUACGAGGAGAUUUCUGGAUGUCCCGAGGAAAUUAUCUACCCUAUCCUCGAUGGUAUGGAAAUGGGAUCGAACAACGCGGAAGAAACUGAAACGCCGGUGGUCGUCCCAGGGCAGCCUGAAGGUAUCCCUGUCAGGGAUCAGCAGGAUAUGAAUAGUGGAAACGAGGAUGAAGCUCUUCGGGAAGCGAAUAAUUACGUUUGCUCCGAAAUGUUAGAGUGCAGUUGGUCGGUAGAUCCCACGGUUAAUAACGUCAGCAAUGACAAUAGGACUCGGGAAGAUCUUCAGGUACCAUGGCCAUUGGUAGCCGCUCUCGACGGAUCUGUAGCUACAAAUAUUCCGAUGCCUCCUCAGGACGAAUGCAGUGAGACGCCCACCUCGACUAACUCUACGAAUCCUCCUCCGCCUCCACCUCCUUCGCCGCCUCCUCCUCCUCCUCCUCCUCCGCCGCCGCCUCCUCCUCCUUCUUCCCAACGGUUCAUCAACGCGGAUUCGAACGUAGAACCGGUGAAUUGUAUUCAACUGCCGGUCGUCCAAGGGACUCCGUUUCAAUCGGAAGGUCUUGCGAUCGGCCCACCAAGCACGAGUUGUAUAAUGAAGAAUUUUCAGCCCCAGAACUCGUCUUUAAUCGCCUUCCCGCAACUCCAGCCCAUCGGUUUCGUGCAAACGAGCUUUCACUCUGGACAAAAUACGGCGCCUGCCUUGAGCACCACGUCCCCAAUCACGGGCCAAAUACCGACAUCGCAGAACGCGAGCUCACAAGUAAUGAAAUCACAAGAGGAAGCCGUUCAAAUGAACACGCAGAAUAAUAACUCGCGACCUAUCAGGAGUAACAUGACACAGAAUCAAGUCCCGAAUGUGGUACCCGCCGCGAUCGGCGUGCAGCCACAAAAUCGUCCUCAGAACGCCAUAGUUAUACAGCAUCAGUCCCCGGCCCCGACACAGCCGCGACAGGUCGUGCCGGCUGUGCAGCAGCAACAGCAACAACAGCAGCAGCAGCAACAACAACAACAACAACAACAACAACAACAACAACAACAACAACAACAACAACAACAACAACAACAACAACAACAGUACCCUGGAACGACGGUCGCUCUGUCCACGAGAUCGUCGCGUUCCACUAAUCAAGGCAACCAGAGAAAUUCCAGGAGUAGCAACAAAGACCAGGGAAGCGGCAGAUCUCGCAGCACCACGAAGGAACCCCCCGGCGCUGUUAAUUUGGAACGCAGCUAUCAGAUAUGUCAAGCGGUCAUACAAAGUUCACCGAACAGAGAUCAGUUGAAGGCUCACUUGAAACCACCACCCAGUUUACUUGCCAGAGGCGACGGCGCGUUCACUACGAGCAAAUCCGGUGGUCGUACCAUCACCACUGUCAAAACUACGAAGACGUCGCAGACGAUACAGACUAAGCAAAUUCAAAGUAAAACGCAAUCCGUCAUGCUGCGACACGUGUUUGCCACGACGCGUCAAGCUACUUCGGCAGAGAUUCCAGAAAGCAAUACCGUAGCACAAUUAGGAUCCACGACGACUGGUGGACUAGGCCAAUAUAUACUGGUACAGAGGACGGGUGUCGGGGACAGCGCGCCGAGGGCAUCCUCUGCGCCACCUUUGCCACCGCAAAUCGCCGGGAUGGGUGUCGGAAUUCACUUGGUGCGCGGUAGACCGGCCAGCGCAGGGGAGGGUUCGCAUCAGGCGGUGACAUUGAAGGCAAGGGGUGCCGACGGAAGAGGAGGAGGAGGCGCCGAGCCCGGAGCACCCGGUAUGAUCAUGGGCGGUGACCCUCCGCCCCCCUGCGAUUGCAACAUGCGAGGCGCUAUGGUAAUAUGCAGGCAAUGCGGCGCGUUUUGCCACGACGACUGCAUCGGACCUCAACGUAUUUGCGCUACGUGUUUGAUACGUUGAUCACUGUUCGAACGAUCGCUUCUGUACAAAUUUAAGAGGACGAACCGGGCGAUCGGAAUGUUGGACACCAAAUCCCACGGUAAGGGUCAUCUUUGCUAGAAUUUGUUGUACAGCAUUUUAGAGUCAGUGGUGGUAGCAAAGGGCAUUGACGGAUACAGUUGUACAUUUCUGGAAUCGUUCAUUUUUCUUUUUUUACGGCUUUUCUGUGAUCAUUUCUGUCAGUAUUAUGUACGAGACGAUCAUUGUAAAUUUUCCCUCCUUUUUUUUAAUGAUUCAUGGUUUUUACGAGAAUCAUUUUUUUAAUGUCACUGAUCGAGGUGUUUCUUACGUUUACCAACGAAAUGUUACAACUGUGUUCUUACGGUUCUUCGGUUUAUGGAAAACUAAAUCUCUUGCAGUCAGACUCGAAUACCGUCUUCCAAUAAGCAUCACAUUCUUUAGUAACGCGUCUUUACUAUUUAUUUGUCUAUCUACACGAAAGAUUAAGUUUAUUCUCAUUAAGCAGAGGAUAUUCCUGUACACGUUGAUCUCAAGUUUGAGAAAAGGUCGGAGACUUAUUCUCGCAAAGCUCUCUCGUGGUCAUUUAUCUCGAUGUAGCUUUUCAAGGCUCAACGACGAACUUCUCAUUCAUCAUGCGUAGAAUAAUUAGUAUAAUAAUGGAACACCCUGUACAGGAAUCAUGUUUAAGGACGACUAUUAUACUAUUAUUAAUUAUACUAUUGACGAUCGAUUGCAAUGUAUGGAUUGAAAUCUGAUUAGAUAUCGAAACGUAGAGUUUACAUAAUUUAGCUGUACGUCUUUCUUCGUUGCAAAACAAUUGUUUAGCGUAAACAGAACGGACACGUUCUGCUCUUUUAGCGGGAAAGGUAAGAGAGACGUAUAUAUUCCCAUAAAGGGCAAAGGAUCAUAGUUUCACGAUCGACAUUUUUACAUUAUGUACAUAAUUCGCAUUUCUUCACUUUUUUUAUCUACGAUCCUUAUUUUACACGGGAUACGUACGGGAGAGAUCUAUCCUCUAUUAUUUUCUUAUGCGAUUGUAGCCAAAUAUACUGAAUUACGCUCGUUGCAUCCGUGCAGAAAUAAAAUUAGAGAUCACCGUGCUACAAAAGAGAGAUCAUUGUUUGUUAGAUUGGAGUAUGAAUACACACACACACACACACACACACACACACACAUAUUAAUCCUGUUUCAAUUUUCAUACCAACGUUUCUCUGGUAAAGAGCAUGUAGUACUAUUGCGAGUCGAUAGAACAACUAUUGUGUAUUCGUCGCUCAAAUGUAAAUAAAAUCACGUUCGCGUGUAAUGUGCAAACUCCGUUUGGAACGCGAAGCGCACGCGAUUAAAGUGCGGAUCACGCGUUCACAGUUGGCGGAACGCCGAAUUCGUACUUUAUACGAUGAGCCGCAUUGCCUGUUGAAAACAGCAAUAGCCACUUGUAUGUACAAAGGUACUCUACGGUUUAAGAAUGCUGAAAUUAUAAUGGAAAUAGAGCUGGGUCGGAUGAGUAUUUUUUUCAUGA